AUGAAUUACACGCGUAUAGUAAACUCUCUUACACUAAGCAAUACGGUGGUUUACUUACAUCAAUAUUGGAUUAAAUGUUGAAGAUACCUGACAUGUUAAUACAGAGUUAGUUAAACUGAAAAAAGAACAGAACAGAUAGAAAAACAACAAACACAACUAGGAAUAACUAAUUUAUGUAUCUUUCACAAACCCUGAAACUAAUAAGAAAUGACAGAUAAGGAAUUAGAGUUAAAUAUAGGAUUAGAUGUAGAAAAACAUCGUAUAAAGAAGGAAGCGGAAAAGGAAAAGAGGAAGUUGCUUGACAAUUGUGAAAUAAAUCAGGAAAUAAAUAAUGAAACAGAAGAGGUGAAAGGCGGAGCUCCAGUGGACAGAGGAUGGGCCUGGGUCAUUCUAGCGG